CAUACACAAACACUCUGGAGAUGGAUCAGAUUGCACACAAAUUCCUACAAGUCAACGGGCUCAAGCUUCACGUGGCUGAGCUCGGCUCCGAGUCCUCGCCGGCGGUGAUAUUCCUUCACGGAUUCCCGGAGAUAUGGUACACUUGGCGCCACCAGAUGAUUGCCGUCGCAAACGCCGGUUUCAGAGUCAUUGCACCCGAUUUCAGAGGAUACGGACUGUCCGAUUCUCCUGCAGAACCCGAGAAAGCCUCCUUCGACGACUUGAUCAACGAUACUGCCUCUAUCCUUGAUUCUCUCGCCAUUUCCAAGGUAUUCGUAAUUGCUAAAGAUUUUGGAGCAAUGGUUGCUUACCCAUUCGCCCUUCUCCACCCACACAAAGUUGCGGGAAUUAUAGCACUCGGCUUGCCCUUUAUGCCUCCAGGUGCCUUCACGCAUCAUUUUGUCCUCCCAGAAGGCUUAUAUGUCCGAAGAUGGCAGGAACCCGGAAGAGCUGAAGCUGAUUUUGGUCGAUUUGAUGUUAAAACAGUAGUGAGAAACAUUUACAUCUUGUUUUCGCAAAGUGAAAUGCCAAUAGCGAAUGAAAACGAGGAGAUAAUGGAUUUGGUCAAACCGUUGACUCGUCUACCAUCUUGGUUGACCGAAGAGGAUCUUUCGGUUUAUGUGGAUUUGUAUGAAAAGUCUGGAUUUCGAACCGCUCUCCAAGUUCCCUAUAGAUCAUUGCAAAUGGUUGGAUCCACAGUACAAGAUCCUAAAAUCGAAGCUCAAACAUUGUUAAUUAUAGGCGAGGAAGAUUAUGCGUUUAAAAUUCCUGGAUUGGAUGAAUACGUAAAGAGUGGGGAGGUGAAGAAGUAUGUACCGAAUCAAGAAACAAUAUAUGUGCCCGGUGGAUCUCAUUUUGUUCACGAGCAAUUCCCUGACCACGUGAACGAAUGCAUCCUCACUUUCCUUGAUAACAACAAGCAUCUUGUGGUAGUUUAGCUCAUUUGCAUAAGUAAAAUUACAAAAGAACCCCUUACAAGUGUUUGUUGUUAUUGUAGGUACACCGAAUACAUUUGUAUCGUGUAUUUGUCUAUGGUUUUUUAAUCAAGUUAAAUGGGUGGGUUUUUUUC